AUGGGCAAGGGAAAAAACAAGCCGAGCGAGGAGCGCGCGCAAAAGGGCCGCACGUCCAACGGGCAUAAGCUGAAGCAGCACCACGUGCGCCGCGGACGGCAGGAGGAGGGUGUCGUGGUGCGGACCGACACGGACAAGUUCCCCGUCAAGCUCGCCAUGUGGGACUUUGACCACUGCGACCCGAAGCGGUGCCUGGGCAAAAAGCUCGAGCGGCUCGGGUACAUUCGCAACUUGCGCGUGGGGAUGAAGUUCCAGGGCAUUGUGGUGUCGCCCAACGGCACCGGCGUGGUGUGUCCGGACGACCGCGAGAUCGUAGAACAGCAGGGCGCCGCGGUGGUGGAGUGUUCGUGGGCGCGGCUCGACGAGGUGCCUUUCAACAAGAUUGGCGGCAAGCACGAGCGGCUCUUGCCAUACUUGGUGGCGGCCAACACAGUCAACUACGGGCGGCCCUGGAAGCUCAACUGCGUGGAGGCGCUCGCCGCGUGCUUCGCCAUUGUGGGGCGCGAGGGCUUGGCAGCCGAGCUCCUCCAGAACUUUUCCUGGGGACCCACGUUCUUGGACAUCAACCGCGAGCUCUUGCGCGUGUACCAGCAGUGCACGGACCUGGCGCUGGUGGAGCGCGCGCAGGACGAGUGGAUGGCCAAGUUGGAGGACGAGGUCCGGCAGCGCAAACAGCAGUCUGCCGAGGGCGACGUUUGGAUGAUGGGCAACGUCAACCGCCAGCCCAUGGACGGCAGUGACGAGGGAAGCGCCGACGAGAGUGCCGAUGAGGACGAAGAUGGGGACGACGGACCGGGCCCCGAUGUCCGCUACGACAACCUAGGCAACAUCAUCGCGGACUCGGCGAGCGAAGAGUCAGAAGAUGCUUCGGAGGACGAGCCCGAGGAUGAAUAUACUGCGGAGCUGGACGGCGACGAUGUGGUAUACGAUAAGUUGGGGAACAUUGUGUCGAAGCGC